UUAAUCACCUCUGGGUUUUUUAAUUUUUGCUAAACAAACCAAAAACUACUGAAAAUUUUGAAAAAAAAAAAUGUUUUUUCUAAGUUUUUGUUAUAAAAUUUUGUAUAUAAGUGAUUUUUCUCCUUCACUGAUGUGCGCUAAUGAGGCUGCAUUGAUGGGCACUGAUAGGCUGCACUGAUGGGCACUGGUAGGUGGCACUGAUGGGCACUGAUGAGGAGGCACUGGUAGGUGGCACUGAUGAGCAUUGACAGGCAU